AUGGCGACUUACUUUGUCAACUCGAAUGGCUAUCCUGGUGAAAGCCCAGGGCCUCAAAAGAGCAUCCUUACACCCGCGCUACUGACUGUCCGCGGAUAUCUAACCUCAGUCCGAGAAUUUCCAGACCUCGAUGCGGAUGGAUUCAUCGGAGACUCUCUCAACAGCUACAAGAUCAUUAUGGCGUUUGAACUGGAUCCGGGAUCGAUGAAGCGACCAGUAUCGGCCGCUGCUGCGUCAAUGGAGGUACCAGAGUACGAGGCCGAGUGGGAGCGCUCGGAUGAGGAUGCAUUUUUUGUGCAUGCGAUACUCCUCCGCGAGUUCAACGAGAUCCGAGCAGAAGUCCGGAGUCUCUGGAAAAAGUUCGCUCGGGGCUACCUAUCGCUGACCUCCGUCACAAUGGCCACAAACGUGGCGAUACAGUUGGCUGGGCUGAUGGAAUCCGAGAUGAUGGCCGUAAUGCCUGCUUUGAGAUUUACCAGCUCGCAUCAUCUAGCCUUCGAAAGGGCCAGACUUGCUGCGCAAAUGGCACUUCCGUUCAACAAGGAUGCGAGUCGAGAGCAGAGACUGGAGAUCCUUUACAGAAUCAAAGACUAUUGUCUGAUGCAGACUGUACAUGCCUGGGCGGUCUAG